AUGAUCGUGAACUGGGUGUAUCAGGAUGUGAUGCUUGUUUCAAGGCUAAUCCCAACUUGGUACAAUGCCCCGAUUGCAAGCCUAAAGCGGCUACGAGACGAGCAUCAUAUGAGGCUGUGCCCAUCUAUGCAGAUCCUAUUGAAUGCCCUACAAGCCCAAGUUUCGGGCGAUGUUGAAGCAUGCCGAUUGGCGCGCAAAGAUGUUCUCCUGGUUUUACAGCUCGUCGCCCUGCUCUACUCAAACUCUCAGGCACAGGACCUCAUUCCCCUGAUAUGGAGCCACUGGCCGAUGGCAUAUUUCCUUCCGCGAGCAGAUUAUUCAAUCAUUCAUGCCGGUAGGAUGGGUCAUUUGGUCAACUCGAGACCCAACUGCGUCGUGGUGUACGAAAUUGUCGAACAGAAGGGCUUGGUCAUGGAACUCAGGGCCGUCCGACCAAUCGCGAAGGGAGAAGAAAUCACAAUCUCAUAUGUCGAUCCUGCAAUUUGGUUAGGAGCAAGGCGCAGCCUCCUGAAGAUGAACUAUGAUUUCUUGUGCGACUGCCCAAAGUGUCAGGCCGAGGAACAACAGAAGGUCUACACCACCAGCGCUUGGUUAACAAAUGAAGAGCGAGUUGCCGCCAGCGUCGAGCUCAUACACCACUUCCUGCCGUUCGCUCCGGAUGAACAGCUGAAAGCGUUCAGCAGUAAACUAGCUAUCCCGCCUCUGCCCAAAGGGCUGGGGAUCGAGGAGAUGCCGCGAAGUGUCUUGCCUAUGUUCAACUCGACUUAUUUACCAGAGACGGCGCAGAAGUUCAGCGAUAACGCCCAUGAUGGUUCGCUCAGCAACGCAGUUUACAAUGGGAAAGUUCUUUUGGGGAUCUAUUUCGUGCACUAUACCACAUAUUGGCCGAUGAUUGGACUCCAUUGUUUCGAACUCAGUAAGAGCAUAUGGAACAGCUACACAAUAACACCUCCGACCACGCUGGCCGGCCGCAAAGGACAACUAGGCGAGGCCAUUUGUUGUGCAGAGUGGGCAUCGCAGAUCCUUCAGGUAUCUGUUGCACGGAAAGGGGAUGGUGGAUCCAACCGACCACCGACGGAAGAGAUUGCCGAGUUUCGCGACCACAUUCUUGCAGAAUGGGUAGCCCUUAGUCCUGGAUAG